AUGACUAGAAUUGGCAUCGUUACUGGCGCGUCUUCAGGAAUUGGACGCGCAUCAGCUAUAGCCUUGUCCAAAGCUGGAUGGAAACUCGUUUUAACUGCUCGCCGCCUGGAACAGCUCAAGGAAACGGCGUUACUUUGUACCAACGAAACUCUUAUCUUAGCUGGUGAUAUCACAGAUGAACCUUUCAUCAAAGGUGUCUUCGAAACGGCAGUAUCUCACUUUGGCAGACUGGACCUGCUGUUUAACAAUGCCGGCAUAUCUCCGAGAGCAGCGCCUAUAGAAGAACUUUCUCUGGAGGCAUUUCAGGCUGUGAUUCAUGUUAAUCUCACUGGCUCCUUUUUAGCAGCGCGCGAGGCCAUAAAGAUUUUUAAGUCACAGACACCACAAGGAGGUCGAAUUAUAAACAAUGGAUCACUCUCGGCGCAUGUUCCAAGGCCCAAUACCUCGCCUUAUGCUUGCUCCAAGCAUGCAAUCGCAGGACUCACAAAGUGCAUUUCUCUUGAAGGGCGGCCUUUCGGCAUUACAUGCACUCAGCUGGACAUCGGAAACGCCAAAACGGACAUAUCAGACAAACAUUUUACUGUCGGGGCAUUGCAACCUAAUGGCACUAUGUUGUCAGAACCUACCAUGGAUGUCGAACAAGUUGCCAGCACUGUUGUACAUAUCGCCAGCAUGCCACCUGAUGUGACCAUGCUUGAGGUGAAUAUAAUGGCUGCCGGAGCACCGUACGUUGGAAGAGGAUAA